CCAGUUUCCAGAAUUACCGGUUCACUUCUAUCAUAUAGAGGUGUUGUUUGCUAUCGGGAAUCUUGUUGGCAGAAAUGUCAAGCUGGAUUAUCACACAGAAAACCUAGAAAGAGGCAAAUUUGCGCGCAUCGCCAUAGAUCUGGAUAUGACGAAGCCCUUACCGACUCGAAUCCGUCUGGAUGGAGCAUGGUAACAAGUCCUGUACGAGAACAUACCGACGAUAUGCUACGAAUGUGGAAGAAUCGGACACAUAGACAAAGAUUUUCCAUCAAAGCAAUCGGCGCUCCUCCUUGCUCCGGCGAACAAUGA